ACUUUUUCGACCACGUUCAGCGGAAGUGCGGUAGUUUCGCCUGUUCUCUACACCGGUCGUUUCUGGCCGUGUUCGAGAGGAUCAAACCCGCAAUGUAUCAUGGGGAAAUUUUGAAUGACUGACUGAUCUACAAAUUAGAACGAGUCAUUAUUUAUACAUUUUUUUGUCAUGAUGCUCUCGUAAACCGCCGAUUUAAAAAGCGUGUGUCUUGGCACGUUAUACACCAGUUUCACACUUCAAGUACGACAGACAACUCUUCCAGCAUAUAAACUCUCUCUAAAGCGCAUGUUCGAGUAUGGAGUUUGAUACCGAAUACCGCCUGCCUGAUGCGAAGAGUGGACCAGAGAUGGAGCGCUGUGGGCUGCAAGCGGACCUGAGCCUGGACUUGGAGGUUAUCCUACAGCAUCGGGGAGGCAUGAGACAGGUGGCUCACCUGGUGAUUGCGCUGCAUAGGAUGAAAAACCCCAUCCAGAAGUCCGACUCCACACACACUCCCCUGGACAUGGAGUGCACCGACAAGCAGUUUUGCAGCAUCCUCAUUGAUAACCUGGUGGAAGAGUGUGUGAUGGUCUCGAUCCAGGAGCCAAUGGGAGUGGUGACCAAAAAGGUAAAGGGGACCUUCGAGCAGAUUGGCAGUCCCCAGCAGUAUAGCCUGUGUGACCAUCACCAGAAGAGCCUGGUGUACUGCCACAGAACCAUGGAGCUGAAGGCCGUCACAAUCCAGGGAGGCAACAACCGGAGAGCGAGGUUCAACCUCUCCAAGUAUAGUAAUGCCAGCACCAUCACCACCAAUCAGGCCCUGCCAGUUGUCUUAAGGAUAGACCAAUGGAACCUCUCCUGCUCCAAGCAGGAAGACAGCGCAACUCCUGUCCUACAGUUGGAGCGCUGUGAGGACCAGUUAACAACCAUCGGAGCUCAGGAAAAAACGGUUCGCUUCCUCUUCUACAAGAGUACCACUGGCUUCUCCCUGACCACCUUCGAGUCGGCCAUGUACCCCGGCUGGUUCAUCAGCACCUCACUGGAGCCAAGCCAGCCCAUACAGAUGUGUCAGAAACAGGACGCCAGAAAGCUCAUCAACUUCAUGGUCAAACACUAAACACACACAAUCUGUCCCCCUUAGUGUAUGUGCCACGUACAACCAGAGAGCGAGUGCGGGGUGAAUCUGAGAAGAUAGACUGACUGAUAUUGUAGAGGAGUUGAAUGUUGAAUUGAUAGAGCUCUGCUUUUCUCAAACUUAAACAGCGUUACAUUGUGUGGUAACUAACUCCUUCCAAUGUUUAUUGAAAGUGGUUUGGUUGCAGUGAGGGAGCUUGACCAGCAGAUGGCACUGUGUUUAUUCUCUCUUCUGAAGUAUUGUGUUUUACCUCAGAAGUGUCCAUUAUUGAUACUGGCAGUAUUUCCGUAUUUUGAAGGUUAUAAACUUUAUUGCUGACAUAAAAAUGUUUUGGGGACUAUAUCAAAAAUGGGCUAAUGAAACAAAUAGCAAAUUAUAAUUAUUUGGGGGAGUUUUUCUUUUACUCUUUCAGCGAAGGCCCAGUUAGAACUGCUUGCUCUGUAGGAUAGUAACAGUAUCAAGAAGACAAUGUUUUAGCCACAGAUGUAAAUGUUCAAAGUGUUACAUUUAAAAAAACAAGUAAAUUCAUAUUGAAUUCUUUAUCUUAUGGCUACAGUGCUAAGUAUACAAUUCAUACAUUACAGUAGAAAAGAGUAGAAUCGUUAAUAGUUUUCUAAGCAGUUCUUAUUUAUUUUUUCUACUUCCUGUACGGUCUUGGAUACAAGUCAUUUUUGUAUGUCUCUCUGUAAUCUGACUGAAUUAUCCGCUUCAAAUUAGUGAAGAGAUUUAAUUUUUGUAUUUCCUAUUAGAACGUGAAUCAUUACUUUUCAUUGUCUAACAUUACAGAUGUCAUUUUUAUUUGAGGUAUUUCUCGACAUUGAAACUGUGCCUUUUAGUGCUAUUUAGUUUUUUCUAUAAGAAUGCAAGUCAAUCAUCACUUUUCUAAUACUACGAUUAACUUAAUUUUUAUCUCAUAAGCUAACAUUAUACAUAAACUGCUAACAUCAACUAAUAUGUAACACACAAUGUCUUUUAGCGCCAAUAUUGUUGUUUUUCAAUUCUUCAAAAUGUACAGUACCAUUCAAAAGUUUGGAUGUGAUUUGUUUAACACGUUUCUUUGGUUACUACAUGGUUCCAUGUUAUUUCAUAGUUUUGAUGUCUUCACUAUAUUCUACAUUGUCGAAAUCAAGAAAAACCCUGUGACUUAGUAGAUGGGUCCAAACUUUGGAUGUUUUAACAUUUCAAUGGUUAUAUGAUGUAUUUUACUGUAUGUUGGAAAUAAAGUGACUUUAUUCAAUGCA